AUAAAUAGCCGAAACAAACUGGAACUUCCUAAGCAGUAUCGCGUUGGCGUUUAGAACAAAUACUUUAAAUUAUAAUUAAAAGCUAACUAAUAUCUCAGCAAUGAAGUUUGCCGUUGCUUUUGUGGCCCUCAUCGUUUGCGGUAUUGCCUAUGGACAGCAGCACCUCAACCUAACCGAAGAACAAAAACUAAAGGCCUUGAAAUACAGUGCCGAGUGUUUGGAAACGGAAAAGAGCACCACCGAUGCUGCCAAGGCAUUGAUAAAGGGUCAAUUUGAGGGUUUGGACAAGAAUGCCAAAUGCUUUGGUAACUGCUUCUUGGAAAAGGCCGGCUUUCUUGUCGAUGGUGUUGUCCAACCGGCUGUGCUGUCGGAAAAAUUAGGUCCCAAUGUUGGCCAGGAUAAAUUGGAUGUCAUAAUGUCGAAAUGUAAUAGCCUUAAGGGCAGUGAUAAUUGUGAAACUGCAUUUGUGUUGUAUCAGUGCUACUACAGGGAACAUGCUGCCUUCUUUUGAGGCUUAAGUGUAAAGCCGGAUUUUUUCAGUAUUCAAAUAAUAAAUUUUUUAAGAAAUUAAAAAAUAA